AUGCCGAGCAGCAACAACAACGGCCUGCCGCAGCCUCCUGCUGCGGAUGACGUUGAGAAGGUGGACCCACUCGAGGGCGUUCUCGGCACGCGGCCGGACUGCAAGUACGUGAAGAAGAAGUUGCUGGGGCAGGGUAGCUUCGGCAGCGCGUGGCGCGUGGAGGAGACGGAGACAGGCGGCAUCUACGCCGCCAAGGUGAUGGACACCAACAGCAUGAGUGCGAAGGACCGCGGCUUUGUCACGAACGAGGUGAAGUGCCUCUCCCGCUGCAGCAACGCCAACAUCAUUCGGCACCGCAUCUCAUACGAGCGGGGUGGCAUGCUUCUUAUCAUCAUGGAGUACGCUGACGGUGGCGAUCUCUACAAGCAGAUCAAGGCCCGGCAGCAAUCGAUGCGGUACUUCAAGGAGCACGAGGUCCUCUUCAUCUUCCUGCAGCUGUGUCUGGCCCUGGACCACAUCCACAUGAACAAGAUGAUGCACCGUGACUUGAAGACCGCCAACGUGCUUCUCACAACGACGGGUCUGGUGAAGCUGGGUGACUUUGGCUUCUCCCGGCAGUACGAGGACUCGCUGUCGAACCCUGUCGGCUCCACAUUCUGCGGGACUCCCUACUACCUGAGCCCGGAGCUGUGGCGCCGCGCGCCCUACAGCAAGAAGAGUGAGAUGUGGGCGCUGGGCGUUGUGCUGUACGAGGUGAUGGCCCUGAAGCGCCCCUUCGGUGGGCGCAACAUGGACGAGCUCAUCGACAACAUUCUGCACGCCCGCCGGCAGCCGCUGCCGAGCAUGUACAGCGAGGAGCUGCGCAACGUGUGUGACCAACUGCUCUCUCUUGAUCCCAAGUACCGCCCGUCGCUGCGGCAGCUGUUCCAGCAGGCGUUCAUCCGCACGGGGCUGGAGACGCUGAGGCGCAGCGUGGAGAGCCACAACAGGAUCCCGGCGCAGGUGCACGAGGAGAUCGCCCGCAACGUGGACGAGGUGCUCAACUCCGACAUACAGGACUACGAGAGCAGCCGCGUGGUGCCACGGCAGGGGAUGGUCAAGCGGCACACGUCGGAUCGCGGCUGGCAGAACUGCGAACUCUCCCUGAACGAGGAGGCGGUGACGAUACGGGACGUAGAGACGGGCAACGUGGAGAAGGUGGAACUCGGUGCUCUCACGUCUGUCUGCCCGAUUGAUUCCGCGAUUGCCAAUGAGAAAUACGUCUUUGCCAUGAAGAACCAAACGGGCAAGGUGUUUUGGUUCAAGGAGAGCAGCGAGACGUCGUACGAGGAGUGGCUCGUUGCGUUGCAGAAUGCGAUGCCAUUCUAG